UCUCCCACCCUUCCAGUGCCACAACAGUCUCACUUUUGGAGACGUGAGCGGCAACGUAUCGUAUCGCACAUCCGGAUCCCCAUCCGCCCCCACCCUCUCUAUCUCUUCCUCUCUCUCCCCCCUUUUUCCCACCCAGUCCUCUAUCAGUCCAGGUGGCAGAGCGCACUUCGGCCGUGGGAUGCAGCCUCUCAUCUCCGACACAUGGACAGCGGAGCUUGGAGCUGCCGCAGCGCGCCACGGCUCCACUAGCUGAAGACACCGCGUCUCAACAGCGGAAGGAAGAGACGACCCUCCGGCGUUUUUAUCUCUUGGGACUUCAAAUAAAAGGAUAUACUUGUUCCCCACUUCACAGACUUUUCCCCCCCCUUCUUCUUCUUAUCUUUUCAACCCGCAAAGAGAGCAGAACCAGUUGUGUUCAAUGCGCAACCAUGCUCAUCAUCUCGUCUCGCAGUGCGCUGCUGUCCGUCUACUACCCGCAGAUCUUCCUCAUCCUCACCAGCGGUAGCUACCUGGCGCUGUCCUCUGUGGUAGCUCUAGGUGCUAACAUCAUCUGCAACAAGAUACCGGGACUGGCCCCCCGUCAGAGAGCCCUCUGCCAGAGUCGCCCAGAUGCCAUCAUCGUCAUUGGCGAAGGCGCCCAGCUGGGCAUCAAUGAGUGUCAGUACCAGUUCCGCUACGGCCGGUGGAAUUGCUCGGCCCUGGGCGAGAGGACCGUCUUUGGACAAGAGCUGAGAGUAGGCAGCAGGGAGGCAGCGUUCACUUAUGCCAUCACCGCCGCCGGAGUUGCCCACGCAGUGACCACAGCUUGCAGCCAAGGCAACCUCAGCCAGUGCGGCUGUGACCGCGAGAAGCAGGGCUACCACGACUACCAGGAGGAGGGCUGGAAGUGGGGAGGCUGCUCGGCUGACGUUAAGUACGGCGUGGAGUUCUCGCGGCGCUUUGUAGACGCCCGUGAGAUCAAGAAAAACGCCCGCCGGCUGAUGAACCUGCACAACAAUGAGGCAGGGCGAAAGAUCCUAGAGGAGAGGAUGAAGCUGGAGUGUAAGUGUCACGGCGUGUCUGGCUCCUGCACCACCAAGACCUGCUGGAUCACCCUGCCCAAGUUCAGAGAGAUCGGUUACCUGCUCAAGGAACGCUACAGCGACGCAGUUCAAGUGGAGCCUGUUCGGGCCUCACGGCUCCGCCAACCCUCCUUCCUACGACUCAAAGAGGCUCGGGGUUACCAGAAGCCCACGGACACAGACCUGGUGUAUCUGGAGCGUUCGCCAAACUACUGCGAAGAGGACACAGCCACGGGAAGCACAGGAACACGGGGCAGACUGUGCAACGGCACCUCGACCCACACAGACAGUUGUAAUGUGAUGUGCUGCGGCCGGGGUUACAACACGCACCACUACACGCGCAUCUGGCAGUGCAACUGCAAGUUCCACUGGUGCUGUUUUGUCAAGUGCAACACCUGCAGCGAGAAAUCGGAAGUUUUCACCUGCAAGUAGGGAAUGAGGAAGCGAGGCACUGGCUGCAGGGGACAGGGGAGAGGCUGGGCAAAACGGACAAUGGCUGAAGAUGAGGGGCUUAUGACAAAGUGGAAUUUGAAGUGAAGGACUUGGAAGUAUUUAUUCAACAAUUUGCACAUUUUUACAUCCUAUUUUGGAAUUCUUUAAAGAAAGGAAAAACAGACGUGAGGUUUGGACAGUGAUUGAAAGAUAAAAACACAUUUUCUUUUGCGCGGUGGUACAAAACACGAAACUCACAGGUUGCAGGGGAGAGGUUCUGAUGUUCUCUUUUUUUGCCUCCAGCAAAGCAAUAUUUGGAAGACAACAUCUUGCAAAGAUGUCGCUUACAGAUGUCAACGCACAAGAGGAAGAAAACACAACAAAGACUAUUGUUGGGAUCUUGAGAGGGCUUUUUGUGACACGCUAACUGGAAAUGCUACAGCUGCAGAACACUUUCAGACUGCCAUGAAAGAAGACAAGCUCCUGGUGAAGAUAUGAAGCUGGCAGUGGAAUACUUUUAACUGUACGCUCACACUGUAUUCUGUUUGAUCACUGAAAAUAAAACAAAACUAUUUAUGUAAAAAAUAUCUUUCAAACCUAAAGUCUUAGAGGAAGGAUUUAAACAUUUUUCCCCCCUUGUUUAUGAUCUUCACUUGCUACUGAUACAUGUCAAGCUGGAAGUAACCGGUUUUUAGUCAUAUGGAGUCACAUUUCUAGCCACUGAACAGCGAAAUCAUCUGCUAUUUCACUUCUUAUCCAUUAUCAGUCAUCAGUGGCGUAUUUUGCUAUAGAUUAGUUAUUUUUCUUUUGCACUCACAUAGUCACAUUUGUUUCUCUUUUUCAUGGGACAUCAGUAAGUUGGGGGAUUGAGUGCUGUGCUGACAUCUCUCUCAUGGACAUAUCCCCCCCCUUCCUACCCCAAGCCCAGACCCUUUGUUACGCCAAGAGCCAAAGAGGCUGAAAAUAUUCCCAAACUAUUUUAAGCAUCCAACUUGUCAGUUUGAACGGCACUUUCCAUCCUGACCAUGUUCAUUGUUUUCUUUUCGGAGGGCUCUUGACUUCUGAGAAAAGCAUGUAGGCCUCAUUGGAACUUCAUAGAGGUGCAAUCAGGUUCAGAUACAUCCAACAUUCCCAUGAACAGCAGAGACGUGGAAUUCCACAUGAUGGCCUCUGCUUACACAAGGCCUUCCAGCGCGGUUUAGGCCUGCCUGGGUGGAUGGCAUGUGCCCCAACCACACAGAAGGGGGUAUGAGAGGAUCAAAGGCCUCAAAGCUAUUUUUGGACAGCACCCUUAAUGUAUUCAGAAAUGUUUAUUUAGGCUUUAUAUAACUUACAAAACAAGUUGAAGAGUAUAUUUUUAUAUGAGGAGCGUGGCACUUUAUGUCAUUUAUAGAUGGAAAAGAAAGUCACUAUUUACUUUGUUUUCUAAUGUCAUUGUUUUCAGAUUUAAGAGCUAUAAAUUAUUUGGAAUUUAUGUCUUUGGAUCAAAGUUCCUAAAUUGUAAAUACUCCACGUGUUUUACCAAAGUAGCCCAGAUUGUCCAUCUCGAUACGAUCCUUCACAAUUCAUCGUAGCUCAUAAAAGCUGAGUGAUUCACCAAGUGUUGGAAAGUCAAGGAAAUUUUGUGGAAACCACUGUUUAGUAUUUGAGUAAAUGCAUGGAUAAUACAUUGGAAGCAACCAACUGGUGGUGCAGCUUUUGACUGAAGAGAUUUAUGUGUUUCCAGUUGUCUUCAUAACCCUUACAGUAACUAGGAACAACUCAUUGCUUCCUGAAAGCAUAUUUUCCAACUUCAAAUACAGCUAAUUUAAAGUUUCUUUAUUUGUUCUGUGGCAAAAUCAAAGUCUGCAUCACUUACAAACAUGGACAGUUGUAUUUUUCCUUUUUUUACCAAUAAAAUUUGAGCAUCCUU